ACUAAGAAAAAAAUGGCCCUGUUACUGGGUCAGAUACCCAGAUGGUUCAACUCAAUUAAACUGAGUAGUUUUAUUAAAGCUUCGCAAAUCACAAAACAAUCUGCAAGACCAGGAAAAACAUUGUCAAACGGCUUCUCACCUCAGGCUCUGUUGUUGUCCUCUGACAAUUGCUUUCUCCAGUGGGAAAUUAAGACUUACAGGACUUCCUCCUUGUGGAAUAGUUUCCAGUCUGCCAACUCCAAUAGGCAAGAGAACAGUUCUUUGCAAAGCACUCUGCUCCCUUCAGUGAGUGAAAAGCCGGAGAUAAUACCCAGUCUUGAAUCUGAGCUGCCUCUUGAAGAGCUGGACGACUUACCUCCAUUGUCUCCCAUGCAACCAAUUUCAGAGGAGGAGGCUAUUCAGAUUGUUGCACACCCUCUUUUGCCUCUAUCCUCCUUCACACUUGGAGACUACAUAGAUCAUUCCGAGACUUUGCAGCGACUAGUGCAGCUUGGAGUGGAUUUGUCUAAGAUAGAAAGACAUGUAGAUGCAGCCAACCUCCUUCUAAGACUGGAUUUUGAAAAAGACAUUAAGCAAAUACUCCUAUUUCUUAAAGACUUGGGUUUAGAAGAUAACCAACUGGGACCAUUCCUGACAAAAAAUUAUAGUAUCUUUUCUGAAGACCUUGAAAAUCUUAAGACAAGAGUAGCCUAUCUACAAUCAAAAAAUUUCACUAAGGCAGAUAUCGCACGGAUGGUGAGAAAUGCACCAUUUCUGUUGAGCUUCUCUGUGGAAAGGCUGGAUAACAGACUGGGAUUUUUUCAGAAAGAACUUGAACUGAGUGUGAAGAAGACUAGAGAUCUGGUUGUUCGCCUUCCAAGGCUACUAACGGGAAGUCUGGAGCCUGUGAAAGAAAAUAUGAAGGUUUAUCGCCUUGAACUUGGUUUUAAACAAAAUGAAAUUCAACAUAUGGUCACCAGAAUUCCAAAGAUGCUAACUGCAAACAAAAGGAAACUUACGGAGACUUUUGAUUAUAUACACAACGUGAUGAAUAUCCCCCACCACAUCAUUGUCAAAUUCCCACAGGUAUUUAAUACAAGAGUAUUUAAAAUUAAAGAAAGACACUCAUUUCUUGCCUACUUGGGAAAAGCGCAGUAUGAUCCAGCAAAAACUAACUAUGUCUCUUUGGACAAGUUCGUAUCUAUUCCUGAUGAAGUGUUCUGCAAAGAAAUUGCCAAAACUUCAGUAGAUGAUUUUGAGAAAUUCUUAAAGACGCUUUAGUUUUUGAUGAAAGUUUAAAUAUAUUCUUUUAAAGUGAAUGUAUACAUGAAUAAAGCAGUGUAUUUUUAAAAAUGAA